CCUCUCGGUCCCAUAUUGAACUCGAGUUGGAAGAGGCGAGUCCGGUCUCAAAAUGGAGGUAAAACCGCCGCCCGGUCGCCCCCAGCCCGACUCCGGCCGUCGCCGCCGCCGCCGGGGGGAGGAGGGCCAUGAUCCAAAGGAACCAGAGCAGUUGAGAAAACUGUUUAUUGGUGGUUUGAGCUUUGAAACUACAGAUGAUAGUUUAAGAGAACAUUUUGAAAAAUGGGGUACACUUACAGAUUGUGUGGUGAUGAGAGACCCCCAAACAAAACGUUCCAGGGGUUUUGGUUUUGUGACUUACUCUUGUGUUGAAGAGGUGGAUGCAGCAAUGUGUGCCCGACCACACAAGGUUGAUGGGCGUGUAGUGGAACCAAAGAGAGCUGUUUCUAGAGAGGAUUCUGUAAAGCCUGGUGCCCAUCUAACAGUGAAGAAAAUUUUUGUUGGUGGUAUUAAAGAAGAUACAGAAGAAUAUAAUUUGAGAGACUACUUUGAAAAGUAUGGCAAGAUUGAAACCAUAGAAGUUAUGGAAGACAGGCAGAGUGGAAAAAAGAGAGGAUUUGCUUUUGUAACUUUUGAUGAUCAUGAUACAGUUGACAAAAUUGUUGUUCAGAAAUACCACACUAUUAAUGGGCAUAAUUGUGAAGUGAAAAAAGCCCUUUCUAAACAAGAAAUGCAGUCUGCUGGAUCACAAAGAGGUCGUGGAGGUGGAUCUGGCAACUUCAUGGGUCGCGGAGGAAACUUUGGAGGUGGUGGUAACUUUGGCCGUGGUGGAAACUUCGGUGGAAGAGGAGGCUAUGGUGGCGGAGGUGGUGGCAGCAGAGGUAGUUAUGGAGGAGGUGAUGGUGGAUAUAAUGGAUUUGGAGGUGAUGGUGGCAACUAUGGUGGUGGUCCUGGAUAUAGUAGUAGAGGAGGCUAUGGUGGUGGUGGACCAGGAUAUGGAAACCAAGGAGGCGGAUAUGGAGGUGGUGGUGGAGGAUAUGAUGGUUACAAUGAAGGAGGAAAUUUUGGAGGUGGUAACUAUGGUGGUGGUGGGAACUAUAAUGAUUUUGGAAAUUAUAGUGGACAACAGCAAUCAAAUUAUGGACCCAUGAAGGGGGGCAGUUUUGGUGGAAGAAGCUCGGGCAGUCCCUAUGGUGGUGGUUAUGGAUCUGGUGGUGGAAGUGGUGGAUAUGGUAGCAGAAGGUUCUAAAAAAAAAUUCAGAAGAAAAGGGUUGAAUGAGAACCCUACUUGCCUAAAUGAGGAAUGUCUUUCCUACCAUCUUAAAUACGAAGGUUUCUGGCUGGGUAAGGUUUGUAGCUCACAGUAAAAGCUGAUGACACCAUUUGUUUCCCUACAAAAACGUAUUACAUAUUUUCAAACUAUUAGGUACAUUGGCAAAAUUAUUCCGCUGAACACUUCAAGAAGCACAUCCAACACAUUUUAAACAGUUUUAGGCCCUGCAACAACCAUGAGGAUCUUGAGUCACAUGUGGCUCCAUGUAUACGAUUCAUUCUUGGUGUCUUUAGGGUAAAGUUGAGUUUUGAUAAGAAAGGUAGUAAGUAUGACACUUGUAACAGAAGCAUUAAGCUGCCAAUCAUUCUUUGGAAAACACCUUAGAUGAACCUUCAAAAUUGUCAGGUGUUACAGAUAGAAAAAAUGGUCUUCAUUCAAGUGGCCUCAUAAAUUCUCUUGCAUAUAAAUUCAGGGAAGAAUUUGAACUAAUAGGAUACAUUUUUGGUUCUUUUUAACCAGUUAGCCAGAAGUAGUAGGGGCCUAAUUAUGCUCAUGUUCCCUUUUUAGAAGAUUUCCCAAAGAAUAACUAAAAUAAUACUCAGUUACUUUUAGUAUCCGUUGGUGAUCAUUCAUAAGGGCUAUUGCUGCCCUGAAAAGGGCCUAUUAAAAAUUGAGAUUUGAGGGGUACCUGGCUGCCUCCGUUGGUAGAGCAUGCAACUCUUGCUUGGGUUUAUGAGUUCAAGCACCACAUUGGGCAAACACUUGGACAGGCUUAAAACAGUGUCUAAAUGAUAAAGUUCAUUCGAUAGAUUUAGUUUGCCAGAGUUUAUUCUCAGAAAAUGGUUGGCUCUGUUUCUGUACCUAAUCAGAUUAGGACUGAAUUUCUAUACAGAAUGAAGUGUUGAAGGUAAUAGCCUUUUAAUUUUCUUUAUAAAAGUGGUUUUAGUGUGAAAUUAGGAAACUUUUUUAAAAGGCAUUGUUCUUUACAGUCCAUCUUAUUUCUUAAGAAAUAAAGUGAUUUUAUUUAAAUGUAGUUCCACUGUCGUUCCUGAAAAAUGUGCUCUUCAGUCAUAGCACCAGUAAAAAAAAAAAGUUCUAAGGAGGGGGAAAUGGUUGAGGCAAACUUUUCAACUGAUCUUGUCAAGCCAUCUCACAUGUUACCGCUUCCCACGCUACAUUUUUUUCAAAAAAACCUGAUACACAUUGAAAUCUUGAAGGAAAUUGGGUAAUAAUCAUUUAUUAAGGAUCUGAACAACUGAAAUAAGCUUGUCUUGAAGAGUUCCACUAUGGAAGUCACAACUUGAAACAUUUCUUAGUUAAGGACCGUAUCUCGGAGUUCCAAUAAUUGAUGUCUGAAGUAGUUGAAUAAUUCGCAAGUUAAUGCAGGGGUGAUGUAUUAAGGAUUGUUAGCCUAUAUAAUAUUCAAGAUUACUUUUAAAUUUCGAUGUUUUACCCUGAUUUUUAAGACUUAAGAGGUGGUCUGUAAUGGAUUCAAAUGUUUCAUUUGUAGUAUAAUGAAAUGUUUACAGAAAGAUAACUUUUUCAUUAAAAUAUUUUUAGAAAUGUGUGUGUUGUU